AUGUCAAAGGCCUUUUUGUUGUUUGCUAGCAAUGUUUUGAAGUCUUCGAAAUUCAAGGUGUUUUUUGAGUGCCCGAUUGAGCUGAAAAUAUUUUCUGUGAUGCUGGAAGGAUCAAGGUCAAGCUCGAGUGUCUUUGAUGUCAUAUCAGCUAUGCCCUGGACGACACAGAGCAUUUCCUGUUUUGAUACGACGCCGUCGCCAUCUGUGUCAUAG